AUGUCAUUUUCAAAGGCCAAAAUUCAAAGAUUCAAUGAGCUCACAAGUGAGGCACCGCCUCCAGGAUCUUACGAUCCGAAAUUCGACUCGAAGGGCAAGGGGUUUGGUGUCGACAAGCCCGGACGGUUCAACGAUAAUCGAAGUGCUGCGAGCAGCGGAGCUGAUUGCAAUUCAGUGUCGAGUAAGGGAGUUGCUCCUUUAGUUUCCCCGAAAUUUCGCACUCCCCAAUUACUCAAAAAAAAGAUACCCAGAGCGGUGCCAAGCAGUUGUCCGAAAGCGAAAACAAAGCUCAUCCUCAAUCCCAAAGAAUUUAAAUACGAUACAAGGGAUGAGCUCGCCGAUCUCAAGGUCGAGUGCGCGAAUAAAGAUAAAACGAUAAGAGAUCACGAGAAAUGCAUCGAGGACAUGAAGGUCGAAGUGAAGAGACUGGAGAAAUCAUUACUCGAUGUUCAGACCAAGCAGAAGGAUGUUGAAGAGCAAUAUAAGCACGAUUUGGAAUCUAUGGCAAAUCUGCAGCAGGAUAUUUUGAAUUCUCGCGACGAAAAACACAGCUCAGAGUUAAUUUUCGUGAGAACGCAAUUAUUAGAGGCUUUAGAGUCCAAGCAAAAUGAACAUUCAGCUUGCAAAGAAGUGGAGAAGGCGCUGAGGUCCCAGAUCGCGGAAUUGUCACUGAAGUUUGAAAUGCUGCAAGUGGAACUGAAUAAUGAGAAGCAAAAAUCUAAGGGGUAUGACGAAUUGCUCCUGAAAUUUCAGAGAUUAGAGAGGGGAAUUGAAUCCAGAGAACGUGAAUUCAUAGAACAGCUCAACGAAAUGGAGAUUAAUAAGGGGAUUAUUGUUGCUGAGUUGACGGAUACUAUUAUGGAGAAUGAGAAGAAGCUCAUUGAAGCUCGAGAGGAGAUGAAGCAGUUAAAAAUGACGACAGCAGGUCUAACCGAGGACCUCCGCUCCUCCGGAAGGGCCAACGAGCUCCUCCAACUCGAGUGCGACCGCCUGCAAACAGAAUCCGAACUCUCCGCCAACAUCCAAACAACCUUAGAAGAAACCCUGGAAACUCGUCAACAAGCCAUCCUGGACCUCCACUCCCAGCUCUCCGCCCUGCAGUGCGAAAUGGACGAGCUGAAGGCGGAGAACGAAAAGAUCCUAUCAGACACUCACCACCAGCUCUCCGACCUGAUGUCCGCCCACGAGACCGAGAUCACCGAGUUGUCCUCGAAAUUCCUCUGCAAGAAGCACAGAUACGAGGCCGACAAGGAGUCCGAUCUCUCGAAGCAGCGCGAGUUGGAGCGAAAAAAUCAAGAGCUACUGAUAAAAAAUCACGCCCUCAUCGACGAGAUAAGCCAAGUCCAGAGGAAAUACGAGGAGCUGAAGCUGUCCUUCAGGGAAAUUGAGAACGAAUUGGACAACGAGCGAGAGUUCUCCGACAUUUUGGAAGGCAAUCACCAAGAGGAGAUGCGAAAGCUGAAGGAGCAGCUCGAAGACCCGAGGGGCCAGAAGAAGCAGAAGAAAUCCCCGAAGAAUUCCCCGAGAAAUUCCCAAAACUUGUCGGAUCAAUCAGACCAACUGCUGCGAGAGGAGUUACUGGUGCGUGAGGAGAAGAUCACAACGCUGACGACAGCUCUAGAAGACUUGCGGCUGGCGUCGGCGACGCAGGAGAGCUUCAGCCAGAGCCUGCAGGAGGAGUUAGAUCGGGCGGAAGGAGAGCUCGCCAACAAGAAGAAGGAGCUGAAGGAUCUGAAGGAGCAGAUCCGGGAGGAGACAGCUGAGAUGGUGACGAGGAGACGAAGGUUCGAGGUGGUGAUGGCCGAGAAUCAAGCGACGGUCGCUGCCUUGUCCCAAAGACUAGCGGAGAGCACCGAGGAACUCGAGAGGGUCCAGCAGGAGUUGAAGUCCUCGGAGGAGCUGAUAAUGGAGCAGCGAGAGCUGCUCAACAACAUGCGUAACAGCUCGAAAUUAGUGAACGAUCAGCUGCUGUCGUUGAUCGAGAAAGUCGACAUGAAGAGGCUUGACGAACUGGAGGAAACGAAUCUCGUUGAGAUUGAAAACCUGAAGUCUCUGUUUGAAUCCAAAAUCGAUGAGCUGAAGAACGUGUACCAGAGCGAAUUGAGGAUCCUUCAAGAGGAGUGUAGGAAAAAGGAGAGCAAGAGUGUGGAGUUGAGGAGGGAGAUUGAGAAGAUGGCGGGGAAGAUGAGUUCUAUUCAGGAGUCGUUGCUGCUGUUGGAGGAGCAGAAUGAUGCUCAUUGCAUCGAGAUUUCGGAGCUUCAGCUAGCGAAAGCUAAAGUUGAGCAGGAGCUGCAGCGUCAUAUCGAGGAGUCGGAGGCUAUUGAGACUUCUUUGGAGAGUGAAGUCGAGAGGUACAGGAAUAUGACGAAGGCUGCGGAAGAUCGCGCGAAUGAACUAGCCGAAAUGUUGCAGACAUUGAAAUCGAAACAGGUGAAGUACGAGGGCUUGCAGAAGACGUUGGACGAGCAGAGGUCGUUGUUGAAGGAGGAAAUGGCGAUUAGGAAGAGUGCGGAGGAGGAAACUAGGAAAUUGGCGGAGUCUUGCGAGCGUUUGAGGGAGGACUACCAAGAUAUUAUGGAUAAGUACACGGAGGUCAUUGGACAGUCGAGUCACAAGCAGAGGAUGAAGCAGAUUAAUCAUCUGAAGGAUAAGAUUGCGAGUUUGGAGAAGGAACUGGAGGAGAAGCGGACUGUUGUGGAGCAGCAAACUAAGACUAUUGAUAGAUUUCAAGCUGAUGAGAGGAGGCGAACUUUCACGAAGGGGAAGGAGAAUUUUGGGGGCAUUUCUAAGAGCCCAUUUGGAACGCCUGUUUCCUCGCCACAUAAACCGUUAACUCCGCUGCGAGAACGCAACGAAUAA